CGGGGCGGGGCCGCACGAAAAGGCAGCGGGCGGCAGCGGGGCCCGCGCCUGGGCACCGCCACCGGGGACACGCUGCUCUCGCACCGCCGGGGCGCAGCUCGCCGCCGGCUCUCGGGACGCCGAGGGAGGGCAUUCCAUCAGCUGCUAUCUCUUACUCCUACGAGUCUCUGCGAAGACAAGUGAUGUCAACAGCUACCUUAAUUAAUUUGGUACGAAACGGAGGCUAUCAAGUGAGCAGGAGAGCCGUGCUGACCUCCCGCCUCUUGCAAGACGAGAAGCGGCCGGCGGCUGCCUGCUACAGCUCCACCUCCGAGCGCCGCGCUUCCCGCUUCGACCCGGACGGCAGCGGGCGACCUACCACAUGGGACACCUUCGGCAUCUGGGACAAUCGCAUCGAUGAGCCCAUUCUCCUCCCACCCAGCAUCAAGUACGGGAAACCGAUUCCCAAAGUCAGCCUGGCCAACGUGGGCUGCGCCAGCCACAUCGGGAAGCGCAAGGAAAACGAGGACCGGUUCGACUACGCUCAGCUGACCGAGGACAUCCUGUACUUUGCCGUGUACGAUGGGCACGGGGGGGCGGCAGCCGCAGACUUCUGCGACAAGUACAUGGAAAAAUACAUUAAAGAGUUUCUUGCCGAGGAGGAGAACCUGGAAAAUGUUUUGAACAAAGCUUUUCUAGAAAUAGACAAAGCCUAUGAAAGACAUGCUCACCUGUCUGCUGAUGCAACUCUGAUGAACUCUGGGACCACUGCAACAGUGGCUCUGCUCCGGGAUGGAAUUGAGCUGGUUGUGGCAAGUGUGGGAGACAGUCGUGCUCUGCUCUGUCGAAAGGGAAAGGCCAUGAAACUCACCAUUGACCACACUCCAGAGAGAAAGGAGGAGAAGGAAAGGAUCAGGAGGUGUGGUGGCUUCGUGUCCUGGAACAGUGUGGGACAGCCUCACGUGAACGGUAGACUUGCAAUGACUCGGAGCAUAGGAGACCUGGAUCUCAAAACCAGUGGUGUCAUAGCCCAGCCAGAAACAAAAAGGGUGCAGCUGCAUCAUGCAGAUGACAGCUUUCUGGUCCUCACCACAGAUGGUAUCAACUUCAUGGUGAACAGCCAAGAGAUUUGUGACUCCAUUAAGCAGUGCCAUGAUCCUGCUGAAGCUGCCCACGUUGUUACUGAACAGGCAAUGCAGUUCGGCACCGAGGACAACAGCACCGUUGUCAUUGUGCCGUUUGGAGCCUGGGGCAAGUACAAGAACAACGAGAUCAACUUCUCCUUCAGCCGCAGCUUUGCUUCCAGUGGGAGGUGGGCCUGAAGACCUGCCCGAGUUGUCUCUUCCUGCCACCACCUGGACACAGCAUGCUACAGUUGCUAGGUUGACGUAGUGUCUUGUCCAUCUCUUCUGUUCCCAGUGUUGUAGGAGGUGCCACGGUGCCUUCCCUGUGCUUAUGGCUGAUCGCGUUCUGCUGUGUUCCUAUAUUCCAGUCAGCCUUGAGGCAGCUAUUUCUUUGGGUCUGUAGUCCCAGCAGCUCUGCACAUCACUUGGUUCAUGUAGAUGAGGCUCUGGGGUUUCACCCACGGCUGGAGGUGUUGCACAAUUGUUUCAUGCCUAUUUAUGUUACCCAGGACCCUUAGUUACCUGGCAGCUGUGUAAGUCUGAGCCUGAGCCACAUGCUGGCUCCCUUGUACCUCAACAGAUGGGGGAACAAAUGCACAGAAUCCUAGAGCAGGCAAGAGAAUUUGUUGUCUUCCUCUGCUGUGCAAGCACCCAAAGCUUCCCUGUGCUUCAGGAGAAGAGGGUGAAGAAUGAAGGAAGUGUUUCAGUGAUGUUUAUGUUCUGAUGCCAGUGGCGUUUGGUGUAGCUGAACAAAUUCCUGAGCCAGUGCUGCUUUUGCAGGGCUUUGUGCCCUCCCUGCCAUCAUCUGUGAUGAUCUAGCUCCAAGGAGACAGAGCAGGCUGGAGCCAUGUGCCUUUGAACAGAUGGGAACACUUCUCCAUUUGCUCCAAAGCCUGUAUGGUCUCUGUGGACCACAAGGAAGCCCCUUGCAGUUUUCUCUCUUUGGUGUGCCAGUGCUUGACAGGAACAUGGAGAAGGGAAAAAGCUGCACACUUUUGAUACCCAGAGACUCUCCAGAUCAACCUGAAUUACUACUUUUUUGUUUUUAAAAAAGAAAACCAGCUACCUUCCAAGAGUUUACUAGUGAAGAUUCUUUGGAAGUGUGGAACAGACAGGAGAGUUUAUUUCUUCAUAAAUCCAUGAGGAUUUUCCUGCCCUCCACUGAAGGUUUCAGUUAUUCGUGAUCUCCUGUGUCUCUUUGUGGUACACAGGGAGCUGUGAAGUGCCCAAAGCAAGCCAGCUAGAGAAGGGGGUGAGCAUUAUAAUAAUGUGAGAGAACUUCUCUUAAGUUUUGGGUAUUGUCUCUAGCAGGUGUCAGAUACUCAGACACCAGGAAGUAGUUUUAUAUUUCAAGUGUUUCCACUUCCCUUUCCAGAGGGAUUCUGCAUCUAGGGAGGCAUGGGAAGGGCAGAACUCUGAGCCAGCUCCUCCUGCUGCUGUGACACGGACUGCAGGUGAGAUGUUGGCAGCAGGUGAAGACCUAUCUCAGUGUGCCUCCUUCAGAGCAUCUUCCUCUGCUUCACACCAGGGGUGCAGGUCCUGUGGCCUCCAGGUCACCUUGUUGCAAUGAAACACGGGCAGCAUGGGCAGAGAAGACCCCAGUCUCUUCUCAGGCUUGCCACAGUAUUUUUGAUUCUGUGAGUUUUGCAACAAAACAAAUCUGCCUGAUCCUAAAUCACCUUGCAAGAAGUAUUUCUGAGAUGGCAGAGUCUCCUUUUCCAGUGUGAAGUCCACGUCGGUGCUGUGAGCCCUUUCCUUUUAGCCCAGGGUUACACCUUAGGCAGUCAUUCCACAUGGGUUUCCUUGCCUCUGUGGCAGCACCCGGCAGAGCAGAGUUUGCAAGCUCAGAGAGCUGCUCUACGAACUGCUUACCACUAGUUUGUGCUGCAGCACCAGCAGCUGAGAGCGUUUCUCCUGCUAAAGCAGCAAGUGUAGAGCUGCUAGCAAAGGGUUAAUUACCCGCAGCAGGCUGCUUUGGACAGUGAAGGGUAAUAACUCCAUCUCUGGACAGGCAGUUGCUAUGGGGGUGGCUUUGGUAUCAAGUGUCAGACAGGCUUGAGCAGUGCUGCAGGGAUUUGGAGCAGCUCCAUCACAAGCUCCAGCCAGCUCCUAGUGCUGCUCAUUUCUGUUUGGCCAGCUUAGCCAUCCCGCCUGCUUUCAGCUGGAGAGCAGAGCUAUUCAGACUGCAACUGCAGUUCCAGGUCAGUCUCACUGACACCUGAAAAGGGAAAAUUCACACUAAAAUGCCACUUGCAGCCUUGAUGGAGAGCUGGUCCGUGGGAGGUGAAUACAGUGCAAGAGAUUGAGAUGGGGAUGAGGUCCACCAGUUCACUUAAUAGAGGUUCCUCAGUAUAAACAGAAUGGGUUUUGGCUGGUGAAGACCUUUAAGGUCAUUAAGUCCCAACUAUUCUCUAACUCUGUCGAGGCUGGGGGCUAAGCCAUGCCUCUCAGCAACACAUCUCUGCCUCUGUGAAACACCUCCAGGGAUGGAGAUUCAACUACCACUCUGGGAAGCCUGUGCCAGGCUUUGAGAAACCUGUUCAGUGAAGAAGUUCCUUCUAAUGUCCCAUCUAUAUACAGUCCCUUUGGGUAGGAAAGCUCAGGGUUGGAGAAUAAUUGUGGAGCACAGUUUAUGGUUGAGAAGGGGGUGUGAAGAGAAAGGAGUAAAUGAGCACCAUUGCUGCUUUGUACAUGCUUGGGGAAAUGAAAAGUGUGAGGAGCUUGGAACCACUCCAGGGUUUCCACCGAAUCCAAAGGAUCAGGGUGUCAGAUCACCUUUUCUGUCUCAGCAAGAGCAUGUGCUGUGGUCAGAGCAUUGGGAUUUCUUGCCAAGGCAGAAGCACAAAACCACAGACACCAGUGAAACUGGUGUCACAGUGAUUUGUCCUCAGUAAAUUCAGUGGUCACCCUCCUCACAGGCUCACUGUCUGGUACAGCAACACUCUUGGUAUUCCUUGGUUCUGCAGCUGCUGCUCUCACCACAAAUUGCUCCAGAGAGGUGUCCUCUUCACCCAGGACAUCAAGUGCACAGGCAGCAGCAUCUAUCAUAGCUCUGUACAGCCUGAAGUGCAAUUGCACACCUGGGUUCCACUGUUUGCCUUAGGGCUCUGUCUGAAUCACCUGGUUUGAUGUUUGGUGGGAUUGAUGCCCAGAAUUCAUCUACUUCAUUUGACAGAGAUGUCUGUUUGGCCUUUUUUUUUUAAGAAAAAAAACAUUGGUUCAUCAACUCCAAGCUCCAAUGGAGCAGAUCCAUCUGUACUGGAAUGCUUAAAACAUCUUGUAAUAAACAAUUGGCUCCUA